AUGGCUUGCUUCAUUCACCUCCGCGACAACGUGCCAUCCUGGAUUUCGGAUGUCAAUCAGCUCUCCGUUCACAUUCACAACAAGCGAGCCGAGUUUGCCGCCGAGGCCGCGAAAGCAGCCGCCGCCUCGCCCUCGCCGCUUCGCCGAAGAAAAUCGGUCAGCAGCAGCCUCUCCACUAAUCGCACCCAGAAAUCGCUUCUCGAGCCGCCGUCUACAGGACACCGUCUGAAGCGGCUUUUGUCGAGGGAGUCAUUGAGAGGCGAUGGUUUGAAGAGGCGCAGGCCCGCAUCUCCUCAGUCGGGGGACCUCGACGCAGAAUCAGAAAUAACAGUCGCACCAGUUGGGAAGAAACCCCCAAGUCAUAUCAUCUCCUACGAUGGCCACACGCAGAAAAUCCUAGAGAAGAUGGUUCGCGACAUCUGGACGGCCAAGAGUAGCAUUCGCUCCUCUCGCAUCCAGUCUUCGAUUCAAACUGCAUUUGGCGGUCGGAUGAGGAUGCAAAUUCCCGCCCAGAGGCGUUAUAUGGAUACCCCGAUAAAGUGUGCAGACGAGAAGGGAGAUGGAGAUGCGACUAUAGAAGCUGACCAAGCGGACGAUGAUGGCGUGGCCAAGGAUUUGUUGGAAUUACGCAUGGCCAUGAUGAAAGAGAGACAUCGUCGGUAUCAAAUCCCACCUCCAAAUCUAUAUCCACAGCAGCGACAACAGCAAACACGUCCUAAGCAUUGUCCCUAUGAUUUUGUUGAAGGACAACUCGACAGCGCGCAGAACCUGUGUGAAACCGCUGCCUACCGGUUUUUGCGCCAUGGAAAUUGCCUCGAAGAAUUAGAGGAUAUUUUACGCGCUUACGAAUUUAUCCUUGAGGCGUCGACGAGCAUGGCAGAAAAGGAAGAAAAGGCAGCAGCAGAAGCCGCUGCCGCCGCUGCUGCAGAAGAGAAAAAGGAAGAAGAACAAAAACAGGAAGAGGACGACAAUGACACCAUUGAUAUCGAAGUAGAUGAUAGUGAAGAUGCAGUUGAUGCUCCAACCACGAUCGUCCCUACUCUGAAAACCAAAGAGAACGACUUCGAUGACUCGACUGGUAUAUUGGAAGUGGAUGAUCGCUCGGACACCUCCGAGGUAUCGAUUGAUAUUACUGCAUUCCGUAUGACGCGGUACGGUCAACGAACCAUGCAUCCUUUCACGGUGAACCGAGUGCCAUAA